AUGGAAACCACUGCCAUGGGCAACAAGCACUGGUCCCAAGUGCCCGAGGGCCACGUGGCCGUUGGCCGCCCCCGGAGCGGACCAGUGCUGCCCAAGGUCCGACCCAUCCGACGGGUCUCGUCCGCGCCGGAUCUCGGCUUGGAUGUGAAGACCUUGUUUGACGACAAGGUCGAGCUACCUGGCACUCCUCCAGUCACUCCUCCUGGCAUCUUGGAGCUUCGAAUGGAGCUUCGGGUCCGCAAAGAAGAGAGGCGCCCUGUCCCAAGUUGUCGAAAGGCCUACUGCGGCGGCUUGGUGCCGUUGCCCAGCCUCCGCAAGGGUUCGCAGGUCGCUCAGCCAAAGAUGCUCCCAGAGGAGCUUGUGCUGAAAGGUGCAAAGCCGAAGAAGGCGAAGAAGGUGCCAAUUGGGCCGACUUUCGAUCCCAGUCAGUUGAGCCAUUUCCUGUCGUCCACACAGGAGAGCAUCUGGCGGCACUACUUUGGAGAUGCCAAAGGCCAUGAGCCACCGAUGCUGGAAGAUGCAGAUCGAGAUGUCACAGAUGCUGUGGCCGAGUGA